GUUAUGUAGCAGCUGAAUGGCGAGCGGAGUGAGACAGUUGCAUGUAUGUCACAUCGCUUAAGAAAGGUGUGCAUUAAUAGGAUAAAAAGGUGCUUGCGCGAGACUAGUCUGUCAAUAAGUAACGGGACUGGUAGAGAGAAGCCCGAGAUGGACAUGUUGAGAUCAGCCUACACCAUGCUUAAUGUGAUAUUGGUGAUAUUGGGAGUAGCGCUGCUGUCACACGGUACUAUGGGCCUUCCAUUACACACAGAUGAUCAAGGACAACUUCUUUCGCUUUUGACAGGAAAACAAAACCAGGAUCUUUAUGACCGACUUAUGGAAAAUUAUAUAAAAACAUUAAUUACAAGGGAAGAACCAUACAACGGAGAGUACGCUACGCCAGACAAACGUCUUCGACAGGGCUGGAACAUAGCGUAUGGCAAACGAAGGUCUAACAAGUGGAGUAUUGCUUACGGCAAACGAGAUCAUGCCUCUCCGCUCGACUCAGAAGGUGGCGUGAACCCGUGAAUGCCUGUGCAUGAAGAACGUUUUCAGUGUCGUUAUGGUGCAUGCCACCCGAAGGAAUCUCUACCUCCUCCCUGGUGUGCAUGUUAAGACUGGUGAUGUCACCCGUCCUGGAUGACUUUCUUUUUCUGUGGACGUCUUCAAUAUCUAGCUUCAAUUCGGAACAAAACUCUGCAUGUCAUGUUUUUCGCAGCUAAACCUAUGUACUGUCUCAUGUGAUCUCACUGAAAGGCCGUCGCCGGUCGAUCAGGGGCUCACAAUUCAAUCCAUCAUCAAAAAUCUGUGCUAAAAUACUCGGAAUUUCCAAAACCCGAUGUAAACUUCUCGCCCGAGUGGCUUAACUUCAGUGUACACUUAUAUGUUAGCCGAUGUCAUUCUCAUGUCUUUGUUUCAUUCUAUAAAUCCGACUUUUCCUGUGUUUGCCUAUUGGCGAUAUACUUGAAAUUCUGUCGUGAAAUUUGAUCGAGUGUUUGUGCAAACAUUACUUCCAAGCAUCCUUCAACAUAAUCUGUGCAUGCUUUUCUCUUUACAAAAAACGUGAUGUAAUUAAUAUUUUCAAACCAUCCAUGGCAUGUACUUUUUCUAUUCAGCAUGACAACAUUUCUAAUCUUUGACUUUUGAACUUGUAUGUUGUUUUGCAAUUCGAUAUGGUAUAGGAUGUCCUCUGGCUAUACAACUCUUAUAUAAGAGAUUGUAAUGGAUAGAACGUCUUGCAUUAAAAAUUGAAUACAUAUUGAAUGUAAUCAUGUGCUAACCCAUCUCCUUAGACACAUAAUCGAGGUCUUAAGACUUGUCCAUGAAUAGAUUACCCUCGGUAGCAUACAGAUCUGCAAUGUUUCAUUCGAAAAGAGGUUGUAAUAAAUAUCUGUCCAUA